AUUUACUUCUUGCUCACCUUCCAAUUCGUUGCACUCGCCGUCACGCUCUCGAGAUUUUUGUUGUUGACAUCCCGGUUUUAAAAAUGUGGAGGCCUGCUACUCGCGAGGUGACUGGGACGAAUGAAGUUCCGCUGGGCACCCGUCGUCGUUUUGGACCAGCACCUGCAGAAGAAACUGCGCGCCCACAGCUUGCCCAACCAUCUCCCUCUGCCUAUCCAAAACAGUCCAAUCAAGACCAAGACUCGAGGAGGGGGAGGGAGGAAACCCCCACCAAUUCCCAAGCUGACGCUAAUGGUGCUCGCAAAAGGCGCAGCCGCUGGGGAGAAGCAAAGACGGACAUCCCUGGUUUACCUACUGCCAUCUCUGCUGCCGGCGUUUCCCAGGCACAACUCGACAAUUAUGCAAUUCACCUUCGGUUGGAAGAAAUCAAUCGCAAGCUGCGAUUGAACGAUUUUAUCCCGCCCGAGCGUGAGCGGUCACCUUCGCCCCCUCCCACCUAUGACGGCCACGGUCGCCGUACUAACACCCGCGAGGUCCGCUAUCGCAAAAAGCUGGAAGACGAACGAAUCCGCCUCGUCGAUCGUGCUAUGAAGAAUGACCCCAACUUCCGCCCUCCUGUCGAAUAUCACCAGCAAAAGCGUUCCCAACGUCCAUCCGAAAAAGUCUAUAUACCUGUCAAGGAAUUUCCGGAAAUUAAUUUCUUCGGUCUUCUUGUCGGUCCUCGUGGCAAUAGUUUGAAGAAGAUGGAGAGGGAAAGUGGUGCCAAAAUUAGUAUUCGUGGCAAAGGAAGCGUCAAGGAAGGCAAAGCUCGUCCUGACCAGUACGCUGACGACGCAGAAGAAGAUCUCCACUGUCUGGUUCUUGCUGAUUCUGAAGAGAAAGUUGCAGCAUGCGUAAAGAUGAUCAAUAGGGUCAUUGAAACAGCUGCCUCUACUCCUGAGGGUCAGAAUGACCACAAGCGCAAUCAGCUUCGCGAGCUCGCAGCAUUGAACGGUACCUUACGUGACGACGAAAACCAGAUUUGUCAGAAUUGUGGCGGUCUUGGUCACCGAAAAUAUGACUGUCCAGAACAGCGCAACUUCACAGCUAACAUCAUCUGUCGUGUCUGUGGUAGUGCAGGCCACAUGGCGCGCGACUGUACCGUUAACAAGGACCCCAACGCAAUCGCUAUGGGCAGCCCCCCUCCUAUGAACAAGGGAGGGUUCGACUCUGAGUACGCUAGCCUGAUGGCAGAGCUUGGCGAGAGUGGCAGAGGCACAGGCGGCGAUACAGCCAAGAGCUCGUGGGGUGGCCCCAGUGCUGGUCAUGAUAUCACUGCAGGCGGGUCCAGCAUUCCUCCUUGGCGCCGACCAGAGUCCUGGCAAUCCAACAACCCUCCGCAAAACCAAGGUUACCGCCCACCACAAGCCUACAGUGGCUACAGCGCUCCUGGGUACAGCGCGCAGUGGGGCCAGCAAGGCUACCCAGGUUACGGCUCACAGGAUUAUGCAGCGAAUUACGCCCAGUACUACCAACAGCAAUAUGCCCAGCAACAGCCCUCAUAGUGACGAGUCUUUGCCUGUCGGUAAACUCACCUAACAGCCCCAUAAUUUCCGCCCACUUGACCAAGAUUUGUUUCCGUAUUCACAUCUCAUAGCAGCUCGUUCUUCCCUCACUUUCGGGUGAAGCAUGGAGUCCAGGAACCGUACUCACUGCAGCUGACAUCCAGCAUUGUUUAGGACCGUUAUUGAUAGCAGGGUAGCUCUUAUUGAUUGAAUUGAUUGUAGCUCACGUUUCCUUGAUGAAUUUCAUCCUAUGAAUUUGUAAA